AUGCCCCUCUCACCCCCCUUCCGUCCCACAGCGAGUAAUUCGUCCUCACCACCUCCCUUAAAUGGUCCCCUUCCAACCCUCCCAUUCGAGAUCAUACGUCGCAUCAUCUUUCACCGACUAUCCAUCUCGUCCUCCUACCCCUCAGAUCUAGAAGAUGACUACACUCCCUCUUGGGAUGAAUGGAAUGGGAUUAAGGGGAAGAUCUCGGCUGAGAAAAAAUUGGAAGAGCGAAGGGACGUCACGAGGUCGGCAAGGGGUUUGAUGGGUGUAUGUAAAGCUUGGAAGCCCCUUGUGAUGAAAUACCUAUACUCCUCUCCCUACCUAACAACCAACCUCCCCUCGUUAGCUCAGUGUAUAUUAUACGGUGAUUCCAAAUGGUCUGAUAUCAACCUUCAUACAUUCUCCAUUCCAGGUAGAUACAUAACACUCCUUGAUCUCAGUACCAUCCCCUCGACCGUCCAUCCGACGGAAAUACGGAAAAGCGUAUUGGCGAUAUUUCCUCUCUUACCUAAUUUGCUUCAUCUCAAAUUACCUUCUGGACCACUCCCAUUCCCUUUAGAAGAGGUCGGAUAUGCACCGUUUGUCAGGAAUCUAAAAUGCCUGGAGGGGAUACAUGUGGAUCAUGCUGAUGGAUUAGUAGACCUUAUAAAGAAAAUUACAAACUCAGAGGUUCUUAAUGUUGUCGGUUCAACGACAUCACACCAAUCGGACGAAAUAGAGGGUAGAACCCGGAUAUUGAAUCUACCAAAAUUGCAUACGUUGAAAUUGGAAGAUAUCAAUUCUGGUCAUUUGUUAGAUUGCCUGAACCAAUCUGAAUUACCAAAUCUAAAAAGAUUGGUUAUAACUCCUUCAUCAAGUGGUGCUGUAUCGGCAUUUCAAGAGAUACACGGCAGCAAAAUUAGAUCGUUAACUUAUCUACAAAGCAAGUGCUCUAUUUGGUCAAUUGUAGAAGACGGAUUGAUACCAUGUGAAAAGAUAUUAGAAUUAUAUCCUAAUCUACAACAUUUAUCAUUCCUCAUACCGGAUUAUGACCUAUUGGAAGUGAUCAUCGAAUCACUUCGACAUUCACCUAAUCAUCCUCUAAGUGUGAUUACAAUAUACAAAUGGCAAGCACCUUCUUCUGUUUCAAACUCGGAUGGUCAACCUGCCCUAGAAGACAGAAGGGGUAAAGAUACCUUAACGUUCCUCAACGGAUUAGCUGACAAUCCACCAAGGGGAUUGAAAAGAGUUAAUCUAGAUGGAUUUAAAUGGGUGAAGUUGGAAUUAGGUAAAAUAGCUUUAGAUGCAGGGAAAUCAGGUCAGAUGAGGAAGAUAGCCGAGAUACUAGAUAAAGUGGGGAUCGAGUUGGGAGAUAUGGAUGGGAAUUUGUCGCCUACUCCGCCUUAUACGUGUAUAGGAAUCGGAGGAGGGGAGAAGGAAAGGGUGUAUGGACCUUUGAUUGGUGGACGAAGGAGAUCGUCAGGUGGUCAGGGGUUGUUGAGGAUGAAUAUGGUUGCGUUGAGUGGGAAGGGAAGAGGGACUGAAAGAGGGAGUGAAGAAGAGGAUGGUGGAUGA